UCACAUUUUUUGAACAGUCUGUCAUUGUCCAAUUCGGCUAUUCGUAGCCUCGUCAUUCUCUUAGGAUACAGUCAUUCUAUUACCUACCAAGACACUCGUUAACAUCUCACUCUAUUACGCUCACACAAUGCGUUCUAACAACCUUCUCCUGCUCGCCAGUCUGGCGAGCUACGUCCUCGCUCUUCCCACCGACGUAGAGACCCGCCACCUGAAGCUGGGCGCUGACCUCGAUAUCGGUGAUCUCUCCAUUGGCGCGGGGAUUUCGAUCGAUGGUGGUCUUGACUUGAGCGCGCUCAUCAGCGCUAUCCUUGGUGGACACGCAAGCACCACGACCCUCCUUGCUGGCCUGAGUGCUCAGGCAGCCGCUGCCCUGCAGGGAGGUGUACUUGGUUGCAAGGCCGGUGCGAUCCAUGCCGCCGCCAGAGCUGAACUGGCCGCCUGGCUCCGUGCUGAGGCCGCCGCCUUCCUCGAUGCAUCCGUCAAGGCAUCCCUUCUCGAGUGGUGUGAAGGUGACGCCUCCGUCACCCUUUCCGUGGAUGUCUGCGCCGGACUGUCAGUGCUGAUCCCCACUUGCGCUGACAUCGCCGCCAAGGGCGAUCUCUUUGUUACCCUUGAGGGUAUCUUCUCCUCCGCCGAGGUCGCCGCCAAUGUUGUCCUGAGCGCUUCCGCCCAGGCUUCUCUGUCCGCAUUCCUCUCUGCGUCUAUUGAUGCUGCUCUCGAUGCCAAGGUUAGGGCUGGUCUCAGCCUUUGUGCUGGCGGCGGUGUCUUCGUCGACCUCGCCGCCGAUGUUCAGGCCGCCCUGAAGGCCUGGCUCGCCGGUUCCGAAUGCACCCUGUCCGCUUCUCUGAAGGUUGCCGUUUUGGCUUGGUUGGAGGGUAAGGUUGGUGCCGACGUCAUUGCCAUUGGCUCUCUGCCCGGCAGUGGUCUGGCAACGAUCUCGGCCGGUGCUUCCGUCGUCGCCCUUGUUGAGGAGACUGGCAUCCUCUCCGCCAGCGCCCAGGCUUCUCUCGCCGCCUUCCUCGAAGCCGACAUUUCCGUCGGUCUUGAUGCCCACGUUCAGGCCGCCCUCGAGGCUUGCGCCAAGGGCGGUGCCGCCGUCUCCCUUGAUGUUGAAGUUCGUACCGCUCUCGUCGCCUGGCUCACCAGCUCCAGCUGCUCGCUCGGCGCUGAGCUCAAGGCUGUUGUUCUGUUCUGGCUUUCGUUCGCUCUCGAGGCCGAUGUCUCCGUCAGCGUGUCCACAGGUCUCCUUGGCGAGCUUACUUCCUUCAUUACUGGCACUAUCGAGGCUACUCUCGGCGCUGUCUUCCGCGGCGUUAUUUCUAUCCUGAUCUCCGGCGAGAGCAUGGCCUCCCUGUCCCUUGACGCUCGUGCCCAGCUGGCUGCUAUCCUUGGAGGUGCCGCCGGCAUCGAAAUUGACUCCAGCAUUGAAAUUAUUCUCAUCGGAUGGCUUACCGGCUGUGGCCACCUUCCCAGCGGCUCCAGCUUCACCAGGAAUGGUGCCCCCACCCUUCCUUCAACUCCCGCCGGCUCUGUUACCGGUAUUCCUUCUGUCUCUGCUGUGCCCACUCCUUCCGGCAUUCCCAGCGGCUCCAUCCCCAGCGUCCCCAGCGGCUCUGUUCCUUCUGGUGCCUCCCCUACCGGAACUCCCAACGGCAAUGUUCCCACCGUUCCCGAGGCUGUCUCUGUUCCCUCCGGUGCUACUCCCACUGGCCCUGCCGGUGGCUCUGCUUCCUCCGGUGGUUCUCCCGCUGCCCCUGCCGGUGAUUCCGCUUCCUCCAGUGGUUCUCCCGCUGGCCCUACCGGUGGCUCUUCCUCUGGUGGCUCUGCUUCCUCUGGCUCUGCUUCCUCUGGUGGCUCUGCUUCUGGUGGCUCUGCUUCCUCUGGUGGCUCUCCCGCUGGCCCUGCCGGUGGCUCUUCUUCCUCCAGUGGAUCUGCUUCCUCUGGUGGCUCUGCUUCCUCUGGUGGCUCUGCUUCCUCUGGUGGCUCUGCUUCCUCUGGUGGCUCUGCUUCCUCUGGUGGCUCUUCUUCCUCCGGUGCCUCUGCUUCCUCCGGUGGUUCUCCUGCUGGCCCUGAGGCCGCCGAGACUCCUUGCGAGACCUUCGUUUCUGAGACUGUUGUCCCCAUUGCUACCAAGACCGGGGCCGUUUCUAGCGGUGCUGCGGCUAUCACCGCUGCCCCUACCGCGGUGCCUUCUAAGGGUCCCAAGGUGAUCACCAUCACAAAGACCGUCGCCGUUUCUGCCUGCGACUACUAGAUUUGAUUGUUGGCUCGUGAGGCCCAGUUACAACUUAUGAAACGAUG